AUGCACCGUUGUGGUCCUCGUAUGUAUUCAUCGACACGAUUUCUUGGUCGUGAUUGUCGGCGUCGCUGUAUACCGUGUUAUCAUACCACUCUCCUCUCGGAUUCUCUCGUCGUCUGUACAAAGCAUCCGAAAGAGUCAUACAUCGGGUUAAAGUUGGGGGAUUUAAAAGCGGGGUAUCAUCGACAACAGUGGAUGGUAACGGUUGUGGAUCAACCUCCCACUGCUCAGGUGCGCUCUCAUGACCUUCGUCUCUAUUGGGUGGGGAGGAAACCGCCGCUGCUCUCAUCACGAGUGUGUGGCUUCAGGGUGGUUCCAACAGUCUUCUCCUAGUCUAGUCCUGGUUCUGAAACAAAAAGAUGCACCAAAUAGCUACCAAUAAAUCACUCUUGAGCAGUCACAAUAAUUUGAAGUCCUGGUUCUGAAACAAAAAGAUGCACCAAAUAGCUACUAAUAAAUCACUUUUGAGCAGUCACAAUAAUUUGAGAGCAAAUAUCUCACUCACUCUAUGCAAUGGAUAUACAUCUGGUCUAAACUGCAAUCCAAAUCAAUUGAGACCCUUUUGUCUGUCAGCUAGUGGUAAUCAAAACGGGUUUAUAUUUUUCAUCAACUCGUCUCCAAAAAGGUUGACAUAAACUAAACUCCUGUGUGAUCUGUAAUGGAGCAGACCCUUUUAACAUGUCAGACUCAAUCCCUGUUGUGUGAUCUAGUGGAGCAGGUACCCAUAUAUAACAUGUCAGGUGCAAUAAUUGGCUUCUGUGAACUGCCAAAUCUUCUAUGAUGAAUUGGGGCUGUCUGUUGAAUCCCAACAUCCUAUUUUUGGGCUUUGAUCCACUUCAAAAGAGCAAACAGGGCUUUCAAGACUGGUGUGUUCUGUAGUGCAGCAGGUAGCACAUUAUGCUAGUCUAAUGUGACACACCAUCCACGCUAACACUAUAAGGUCUAUGCUAGAGAAUGUAACUCAUUUGGCCGUAAAGCUUUCUCCUUUCAGCAUUGAGGAUUGAGAGAUAUUUAAUUGCCGAAGGUUGUAUUUAGAUUUAUUACAUGAAUGUUAUGUGGUUGGGCACUGAUCUUGUCUUGUGUGAGAAUUGAUAGCAAAUCAUAAUGUGUAUGCAAUCUUCCUUGCACCCAUCAGUGGCAUAUCAUGCCGUUUCGCAAGGCCCCCGCAAUGUCUGAGCAAACCCCCCUCCCCCCAAAAAUAUAUUUUGUAUUUUUCUGUGGAAUUGUUUUGUUGUUGUUGCGGAAAACAGCUAACUGCUGAGAAAAUGUUGCAGUUUUAAAUCUAAUCUCCUGUAAUUCUAAACAUUUUGCCAUGGCUUAUGACCUGUUCAUAUUGGGGAGGGGGCCCGACCUCCAGGGGGCCCCUAACAAAUUAACAACUAAAAAAUAUAUAUGUAUGUAUAUAUUAGUGGUAUGUCAGUGGCACCCAUUCAUGUAAUUAUUUUCAGUGGAUUAGAUUAGAAUAACAAAUCUGUGCCUGUAUGGGUCAUAAAUGCAGCUGUAAUGAAUAAAAAUCAUUGAAGUUGACAAAGAAAAUAGGAAAAGUACAGAAUAAUGUGCUGGGCAAAUCAGUGAAAAACAACAGAGUUCAGAUAAUCUGAGUCCAGGUUAUUAUGCGAUCCCUCUGGUUUAGCCUAAUCAAUGGCCUUGCAUGACCAUUAGAUGCCAGGAUCAAUGGCUUUGAUUACUGGAGGAACACCUCUGUCACGAGUGUUGAACACCCACACCGCUCAAUGCUGCUUGAUGGAGAGCCCUCCGUGCCUGGAUACCAAGGUGCUCUGGCUACUGUGGAGGUCCAGGAAAACAUUUUCCACAAAAUUAGAGUGAACAUUUGAAGUUUAUGAAACAGAGUAUCAUAAUAUCAAUGGAGGCUACUUAACAUAUGUUAGAUCUCUGGGCUAUGGGAAAAUGUAUAAUGUGUAAUGGUGGGAUAGGCCUACAUGCUGUAAACAUGGAUAGACACAGAAUGCCUGAUAGUUAAAAUUAACUAAGCUGCAUAAUGAAUAUUUUGAAGAUCGUCUUUGAGUAUCGAAAGACAAUGUAACUAAACUACCACAUAACAAUACACAAAAAGCUCAGUAUUCCAGCUUCACAUGAUUCUGUAACCCCAUCACCGAUUAUAAUGCUGUUUCUGUGUGUCUGAGAGGAACCUGUCUGGCACACACCCUCGCACGCACGCACGCACAGAUGGACAUACGUGCACACACACACAAGGUACACCUGAAGCAAUAAAGUUUGAUCAUCAUAAUAAAAUAAUUGACCCAUGUGAGGCCAGUCUAGUGUGUUUCACGCAUUAAAAUAUAUUGAGUUUUUUAUCAGCAAGACCAUAAAACCAUAAUGUGUCAUUUCCGUCAGUUAAAUUAAGACAGGAUAUUGAAUGUCAGUGUAAAUGUCCAAUUACAACCCAUCAAGCACAAAAGAACCACCAUCUAUUUCAAAAGUCACAGUUCUUUAGAAGGGGUAGAAUAUGCCUAGUCAUGGCAAAAAUCUAAAUAGCAUACUCCUUCCUACUGCUCAAAGCCCAUUGGAGGAUAAGGUCAGAGGUGAGGGACCUCUGGCUUUCUCAUCCAAUGGGUUUUGAGAAUGAUGCGAGGAGAGAGGAUGGUAGGAGUAUGCAUUUGAGAUUCUCCCAUUGUGUUGAUUGCGUAAGGUGACUGGCAAAUCUGUAUUGCUUUCACAAUGUGCUCACUGCUCUACUCUGACUGACACAUUUACCCAUCAAGCCUUCAGUAGAAUAUAACCCAAAGGAGAGUGUCUGGUAUGGGGUUUAGUAAUGAAAAAGUGAAAAUCCCAUUGAUCAUAAUUUUGAUAUUGGAUAAGCUGUCCCAAAAUAGUUAACCACAUCACCACAGGAUUAACCUCAUGUAAUGGUGAAGUGAUGCGACCAAGGAAUUUAUCUGAGAGGGUCCAUUUACCUGUGAAUCAAAAUUACAUUGCUGUAGUGGCCUACCAAUUUCAAAGACAGAUUUAAGACUGAUUUACCUAUGUGAGGAAGAUAUACAUAAACAAUGUUAGUCCAGUCUUAAAUUCACUAGGGCACACAGUUGUUUACAGUUUGUUAUAGGUUGUUAUGCUUUCCAGCUCUCAUGGAGUGUGACCUUGUUCAUGUCUUAUAAAAUAGCACCCUCUAGUGAUCAACAUAACACAUUGUUUGAUGUAUGGAGUGAAUUGAUCAUGCAAAUAAAAUAUAUGCCCAGGAUGAUAUAGCGCUGAAUUUAUCAUCGUCCAUGGCUAGAUUUCCAUACAAUUGACGACAGAUUUUCAUGCGAAUAUUCUAAAGUCCGCAUGAAUACAAUAUGGGCAUUUUCCCACCAGAGACGUGUUUACAUCAAAUUGACUUGUUGAGGAUAAAAGUCUGUGCGUGAUGACAUAGAGCACAUAAAAUAACUUUUGCAGUUAAAUUCCCAUGUACCGAAUAAAAAAUACAAGUUAAAUGGGUUCCCGUUGCAUUUUCAACUCUACUGAUGGUUUUGUCACUAAAAAUGUUGCUCAUUCUGGUAUUGGCACGUGCGCUCUAGCCGAACGCAGAUUCAGUGCGGGUAUAGCCUACGUGAGAUUAUUAUGGACAAAAGAGCGAGAUAAUUUUGAUUUGUCAAAUGGUAGCCAAGCAAUGAUAUCACCAGAAUAACACCCUCGAUAUUUAUUGGAAAGGAGCAUCAAGCUCAUACCGUGCACUUUCACCACCCUGUAAAGUUCUUCAUUUAUUUAAUCUCAAAUCAAAUCACAAUGUAUUUGUCACAUGCGCAGAAUAAAACAAGUGUAGACCUUAGUGAAACGCUUACUUACAAGCCCUUAACCAACAAUGCAGUUUUACCCCCCUCCCCCCCAACAAAAUAAUAUGUGCAAUGCAAAGAGUCUGGGUAGCCAUUUGAUUAGAUGUUUAGGAGUCUUAUGGCUUGGGGGUAGAAGCUGUUUAUAAGCCUCUUGGACCUAGACUUGGCGCUCCGGUACUGCUUGCCAUGCGGUCCCAGAGAGAACAGUCUAUGACUAGGGUGGCUGGAGUCUUUGAUAAUUUUUAGGGCCUUCCUCUGACAUCGCCUGGUAUAGAGGUCCUGGAUGGCAGGAAGCUUGAUGUACUGGGCCGUAUGCACUACCCUGUGUAGUGCCUUGCGGUCGGAGGCCGGGUAGUUGCCAUACCAGGUGGCGAUGCAACCAGUCAGGAUGCUCUUGAUGGUGCAGCUGUAGAACCUUUUGAGGAUCUGAGGACCCAUGCCAAAUCUUUUCAGUCUCCUUAGGGGGAAUAGGUUUUGUCGUGCCCUCUUGGCCCAUGUUAAUUUGUUGGUGAUGUGGACACCAAGGAACUUGAAGCGCUCAACCUGCUCCACUACAGCCCUGUCGAUGAGAAUGUAGUCCUCAAUCAUCUCCUUUGUCUUGAUCACGUUGAGGGAGUGGUUGUUGUCCUGGCACCACACGGCCAGGUCUCUGACCUCCUCCCUAUAGUCUGUCUCGUCGUUGUCGGUGAUCAGGCCUACCACUGUUGUGUCAUCGGCAAACUUAAUGAUGGUGUUGGAGUCGUGCCUGGCCAUGCAGUCAUGAGUGAACAGGGAGUACAGGAGGGGACUGAGCACGCACCCCUGAGGGGCCCCCGAGUUGAGGAUCAGCAUGGCGGAUGUGUUAAUACCUAACCUUACCACCUGGGGGCGGCCCAUCAGGAAGUCCAGGAUCCAGUUGCAGAGGGAGGUGUUUAGUCCCAGGGUCCUUAGCUUAGUGAUGAGCUUGAGCAUAUACAGUGAGGGAAAAAAGCAUUUGAUCCCCUGCUGAUUUUGUACGUUUGCCCACUGACAAAGAAAUGAUCAGUCUAUAAUUUUAAUGGUAGGUUUAUUUGAACAGUGAGAGACAGAAUAACAACAAAAAGAUCCAGAAAAACGCAUGUCAAAAAUGUUAUAAAUUGAUUUGCAUUUUAACGAGGGAAAUAAGUAUUUGACCCCUUUGUAAAACAUGACUUAGUACUUGGUGGCAAAACCCUUGUUGGCAAUCACAGAGGUCAGACGUUUCUUGUAGUUGGCCACCAGGUUUGCACACAUCUCAGGAUGGAUUUUGUCCCACUCCUCUUUGCAGAUCUUCUCCAAGUCAUUAAGGUUUCGAGGCUGACGUUUGGCAACUCGAACCUUCAGCUCCCUCCACAGAUUUUCUAUGGGAUUAAGGUCUGGAGACUGGCUAGGCCACUCCAGGACCUUAAUGUGCAUCUUCUUGAGCCACUACUUUGUUGCCUUGGCCGUGUGAUUUGGGUCAUUGUCAUGCUGGAAUACCCAUCCACAACCCAUUUUCAAUGCCCUGGCUGAGGGAAGGAGGUUCUCACCCAAGAUUUGACGGCUCCGUCCAUCGUCCCUUUGAUGCGGUGAAGUUGUCCUGUCCCCUUAGCAGAAAAACACCCCCAAAGGAAAAUGUUUCCACCUCCAUGACGGUGGGGAUGGUGUUCUUGGGGUCAUAGGCAGCAUUCCUCCUCCUCCAAACACGGCGAGUUGAGUUGAUGCCAAAGAGCUCCAUUUUGGUCUCAUCUGACCACAACACUUUCACCCAGUUCUCCUCUGAAUCAUUCAGAUGUUCAUUGGCAAACUUCAGACGGGCAUGUAUAUGUGCUUUCUUGAGCAGGGGGACCUUGCGGGCGCUGCAGGAUUUCAGUGUGUUACCAAUUGUUUUCUUGGUGACUAUGGUCCCAGCUGCCUUGAGAUCAUUGACAAGAUCCUCCCGUGUAGUUCUGGGCUGAUUCCACACUGUUUUCAUGAUCAUUGCAACUCCACGAGGUGAAACCUUGCAUGGAGCCCCAGGCCGAGGGAGAUUGACAGUUCUUUUAUGUUUCUUCCAUUUGCGAAUAAUCACACUAACUGUUGUCACCUUCUCACCAUGCUGCUUGGCGAUGGUCUUGUAGCCCAUUCCAGCCUUGUGUAGGUCUACAAUCUUGUCCCUGACAUCCUUGGAGAGCUCUUUGGUCUUGGCCAUGGUGGAGAGUUUGGAAUCUGAUUGAUUGAUUUUUUCUGUGGACAGGUGUCUUUUAUACAGGUAACAAGCUGAGAUUAGGAGCACUCCCUUUAAGAGUUUGCUCCUAAUUCAGCUCGUUACCUGUAUAAAAGACACCUGGGAGCCAGAAAUCUUUCUGAUUGAGAGGGGGUCAAAUACAUAUAUCCCUCAUUAAAAUGCAAAUCAAUUUAUAACAUUUUUGACAUGCGUUUUUCUGGAUUAUUUUGUUGUUAUUCUGUCUCUCACUGUUCAAAUAAACCUACCAUUAAAAUUAUAGACUGAUAAUUUCUUUGUCAGUGGAUAAAUGUACAAAAUCAGCAGGGGAUCAAAUACUUUUUUCCCUCACUGUAAGUUACUUAGCUCGUCUGGUAGACUCGUGUCACUGGGCAGCUCGCGGCUGUGCUUCCCUUUGUAGUCUGUAAUAGAUUGCAACUCCUGCCACAUCCAACGAGCGUCGGAGCCGGUGUAGUGCGAUUCGAUCUUAGUCCUGUAUUGGCGCUUUGCCUGCUUGAUGGUUCGUCGGAAGGCAUAACGGGAUUUCUUAUUAUCUUCCGGGUUAGAGUCCCGCUCCUUGAAAGCGGCAGUUCUACCCUUUAGCUCAGUGCGGAUGUUGCCUGUAAUCCACAGCUUCUGGUUGAGGUAUGUAGGUACAGUCACUGUGGGGACGACGUCAUCGAUGCACUUAUUGAUGAUGCCAGUGACUGAUGUGGUGUACUCCUCAAUGCCAUUGGAAGAAUCCCGGAACAUAUUCCAGUCUGUGCUAGCAAAACAGUCCUGUAGUUUAGCAUCUGCUUCAUCUGACCACUUUUUUAUUGACCGAGUCAUUGGUGCUUCCUGCUUUAGUUUUUGCUUGUAAGCAGGAAUCAGGAGGAUAGAAUUAUGGUCAGAUUUGCCAAAUGGAGGGCGAGGGAGAGCUUUGUACGUGUCUCUGUGUGUGGAGUAAAGGUGGUCUAGAGUUUUUUCCCCUCUGGUUGCACAUUUAACAUGCUGGUAUAAAUGAGGUAAAACGGAUUAAAGUUUCCCUGCAUUAAAGUCCCCGGCCACUAGGAGCGCCGCCUCUGGAUGAGCGUUUUCCUGUUUGCUUAUGGCCGUAUACAGUUCAUUGAGUGCGGUCUUAGUGCCAGCAUCGGUUUGUGGUGGUAAAUAAACAGCUACGAAGAAUAUAGAUGAAAACUCUCUUGGUAGAUAGUGUGGUCUACAGCUUAUCAUGAGAUACUCUACCUCAGGCGAGCAAAACCUCGAGACUUCCUUAGAUAUUGUGCACCAGCUGUUGUUUACAAAUAUACAUAGACCGCCACCCCUUGUCUUAGCAGAAGCUGCUGUUCUAUCCUGCCGAUACAGUGUAUAACCCGCCAGUUGUAUUUUAUUAAUGUCUUCGUUCAGCCAUGACUCUGUGAAACCUAAGAUAUUAAAGUUUUCAAUGUCCCAUUGGUAGGAUACAUGUGCUUGUAGUUCGUCCACUUUAUUAUCAAGCGAUUGUAAGUUGGCCAAUAAUAUCGAUGGCAAAGGCAGAUUAGCCACUCGUCUCCGGCUCCUUACCAAGCACCCCGAUCUCCUUCCGCGAUUUCUCCUUUUCUUUCUACUGCGAAUGACAGGGAUGAGGGCCCUGUCAGGUGUCUUGAGCAAAUCCCUCUCAUCCGACUCAUUAAAGAAAAAUUAUUUGUCCAGUUCAAGGUGAGUUCUGAUGUCCAGAAGCUCUUUUCGGUCAUAAGAGACGGUAGCAGCAACAUUAUGUACAAAAUAAGUUACAAACAAUGCGAAAAAACACACAAAAUAGCACAGUUGGUUAGGAGCAUAAAACGGCAGCCAUCCCCUCCGGCGCCAUUAUGAUGGUCCUGGAUGGCAUGCUUUCCCGACGAGUAAUAGUGGGAGGACCACACACCAUAUCAUCGCGACUCCAAGUUUACUUCGAUAUGAUGGUUAUUGUAUUAAUAUUUUAGCAUAAAAUUGUUUCCACCGACAUUUCUCGCAUAGUUAAUUUUACCGACACAAAAGAUCCCACCUUGUGUAGCUUAUUUUGUUUUGUCUACAUUGUGAAGGUUUACCUACAAAAUGUUGGGUUUCCAUCAGGCCUGUCAUUACGUUUUCUAUCAGACAUACUUUACUCACAUUAAAAGGUUGGAUGGAAACCUGGUUCAUGUUUGAGAAUUGUCUAGAUGGAUGUACAUUUCAUUGGCCAAUAGGUUAACCUACAGCCAAUAAACUAAACUCUUGUGAAAGGACUUGGUUUGAUAGAGAAGGAACACCUGCUGCUAAUUUUCAAAUUAGGGGUGCAUUUCAAUAGUCAAUAGUGACUCUUUUCCUCCAUCUGCAUUGACUUUUAACUGCUGGUAAGGAGUGACAGCUAGACUAUUGAGAUCUACACCCUGUUCCUCAAUUAAGUCUUGUUAGAAACGGCAGGUGCUGAUUGGCUUGGGGGAGUGUAUAGUAACUUGGUAAAUCAGUAUAAGAAGUGAAUGAGCUGUACAUCUGAGCAACUUUAAGUAAUCUAUCAUGAUGAGUUUUGUUACAAAGUAUAUUGGUGUCCAUGCUGUGAUUUUGGGACUGCUGCUAGCUCAGGUAAAAAUAAAAUGAGUCAGUGGGCUUCACUUCUGAGCGCACUAUUACAAAGUGAGCAGUGUAACAAUACAGAUCAAGUAGUAGAUAGAAAUCUGAGACUUUUGUUUAGUUCCUGUUUAAAUAUACUAUAUGAAGUAUGUCUGCUAUUAUUGACACUGUAGUGGAGACCUUAUUUUGCAUGUUUUUCCAGGCAAUCUCAUGCAAUGUGACGGGAGUGUGGCGAAAUGAGCUGGGCUCUGUGCUUCAUAUUGAGGCGGUUGGUUCUGAGCUCCGAGGCCUCUAUCAGAGUGCAGUAGAAACUGCUCCAGGAGUCACCGGUCCAGAACAACAGGCCAAGCUACUGGGUGUGAUCAGCAAUCGGGGUCUGCAAACCUCUGUUGCUUUCUCUGUGUUAUGGGAGGCAGGUGAGUGUGUAAAACCUGGGAUGUGUUCAGCAAGGACUAAUGCUUGGAUGGGAAACAUAGUGUAGCACUAAUUACUCCAGUUCUAUUUACAUUCCACAAUGUGGCCCUGGACUCCCAUCUGAAUGACCUUGACUGUAACAAUGGCUGCGACCGGUCAAAUGCCAAUGUUAUGAUGCAAUUGAUUCUAUUUCCUGUCCCCAAGGUUCCUGUAGCUCUUGGGUUGGUCAGUGUUUCCAACUGCCAGAUGGGAAGCGAGUUCUGAAGACCCUGUGGAUGCUGCGCUCGGUGGCUUCAUGCCCUGCAGACAACUGGAAGAGUACCAGGUAGCCUACAGCUCCUCACUACUUAGCGUAGGCCUGGGAGGGCGGGGGGGGGGGGGGGAAUGUUUCUGUGGAACACAACCGGCCAUCACUAAAAGCCCACUGACAUGAGAUCUAGAGGUAAAACCCUAAUGUUUUUAGAGGUAAUUCCUAUUUAUGAAAUGGCCAUUAAGCAUAUUUGUAUUCCAUUUAGUUUUUUGAUGCCUAGUUUUUUUUUUUUUUUUUUUCUCAGGAUGGGAGAGGACACUUUCAUCUUUGUUUCCUGA